GACGUCAUUCUGGUGUUUGCUCGUGAAGCACGCGGUUAGCCCGAUGAAGAAAAAGUCAAGUGGAUGGAAUUAUUCAAGGAGAGAAGAAGAUACAUCGUGGUCAAUUUGAAGAUGAAGAAGUCUCCUUUUAAUGGUUUUCUUCAACUCAUUAAAAAUCGAAUAUUUCAAUGUCGUACAUCGAAGAUACGCAUCCUACGUAUUUUUCCUUUAUACGGAAGCUUUGUUCAUCAGGCACGCACAUGGUCAGAGAUAGGCAAUCGUGUGCACGUGGUGUCGAACAGAAAAUAUUUCAACGGUGGAAUGAGCUCCAAGUAUCAUCGGAACACAGGAUGAGAUGAUAAAAAUGUCACAUGUAAUGAGUGAUAAGCAAAGUGCACCUAUUUUGCCGCCCCUUUCCGGGGGUGGAGGAAAUAAUGGGGGAAACAAUGGUGGUGCAGCACAACAAACUGUCAGUCUCCAGCAAGUUCUGGCUUCAGCUCAAGGGCUCAAUGUACUCACUACUGGUGGUGGCCAGCAGUUUGUUAUUACUUCACAAGUUCCCGGUCUUACACAGGUUAUUACAAGUAGUGCUACAACCAAUACAAAUGUUCAGCAAGUUGGUGUUACGAGGAUUGUUAAUAUUAGUAACACAGCACCUCGUGUUAGCACUGUGGGAGUUCCAGGUGCAAGUGGUACGCCUCUUACAUCACCUUCUCGUCAAACUUCGACAAAGGUUGUAUUGGCGACUUCACCUAAACUUGUACGAACUUCUAUGGGGAACAUGUUCAUUGCGCCUACUUCUCAAGUUUCAAUGCAAUCACCACCAGCAAGGAAAAGAUUAAAACUUACAGAAAAUACGGAAAAAGUAACUGCUACUGCAGAUGAUUGUACGAGUUAUAAAAAACGUAUUUUAGAACACAAGAUAAAGAGAAUGAGAGCAAUAAGAGAAAAAUAUACAGAGAACGUUUCAGAAUUGUUCUUCCUUCAUGUUGGUGGAAAUAUGAUGGAUUAUCAAGCUUGGAGAAAACGUCCACCUACAUCACAGUAUUUACAUUUUUUAAGGCAACAUAGAUUAGAUCCAGAUGAUGAUGAUGAAGAUUUAACGGUUCCAUUACCAUCAAUACGAGAAAUUCCACUAUCUCCAGUUACGACAUCUGCUUCAACUACAGUUCCUACGAAUCAGAGCGCAGAAGUAAAAAUUUCUGGAGUUGGUGUGACUCCGGUUGCAGUAUCUACAACUUUACCUGCUGCUGUUGCUCAACUUAAUCAACAAGGACAAGUACCAGGUAGGCCUCAAGGGGGCCGCCAUGGCAUGGUGUUUGCCUUCCGAGCAGCAAUACAGUCUUCACCAGUCACCGUUCACCCUCCACCUACUUCUACUCUAGCACCCACGCUCAUUAUAGGUGGAACUCCAUUAGUCCCAGAGAUGCCAAAACAAACAACUCCUGCGAGUCCAGUUACAGAGAAAACACCUAUCACUCCGGUUGUAACAAAAGCUCCUAGCCCAUCUAGAAGUACUUCUCAACCUGCUGUUAAGUUUACGAAAUUAUCUUCUACUUCUGCAACUUCAAGUGAUAUUACGAAUAAUCAAGAACAAAUUGUAGAAAAAGCAAAACAAGAAGCGUACGUAAUGCAAAGGAUUGCGGAAUUACAACGAGAUGGGCUAUGGUCCGAAAGAAGAUUACCAAAGGUACAAGAGCCUGCAAGAACAAAGGCUCAUUGGGAUUAUUUAUUGGAGGAAAUGGUUUGGCUAGCUGCUGAUUUUGCGCAAGAAAGAAAGUGGAAGAAAGCUGCUGCGAAAAAAUGUGCACGCAUGGUGCAAAAACAUUUUCAAGAAAAAGCUAUUCAAGCUCAAAAAGCUGAAAAGUCUCAAGAACUUCGACUCAAGAAAAUUGCCAGUUUUGUUGCAAAAGAAAUUAAAACUUUUUGGGCUAAUGUAGAAAAGCUGGUGGAGUAUAAACAGCAAACAAGGCUAGAAGAGAAAAGAAAAAAGGCAUUAGAUCAGCAUUUAAAUUUCAUUGUAGGACAAACAGAAAAAUAUUCAACAUGGUUAACUGAAGGUCUUAAUAAAACUGAUGGCUCUCAGAGUAUUCCAGCUUCAAUAAAUAGUUCACGUAUUUCCUCGCCAGUACCAACUGGGAAACCUCCUUCUGAUGAGGAAUUUCAGCCAAAUCAAAGUUCAGAUGACGACGAAGAAACAAUAGCUAAAGCAGAAGAAGAAAUGAAAUCAACUACAGAUCAAAAAGAAGAAAUAGAAUUAUUAAAAAAAGAAUCAGAAAUGCCUUUAGAAGAUCUUCUGAAAGAUCUACCACCAAAUUAUUUAGAAGAUAGAAAUAAAAGCUUGUCACCUAGUGAAAAAGAAGUUGAAGAAGCGGAAAAUGAAAAAAGUUCGGAUAAAGAUACUGAUUUUGUAGCUGCGUCGGAUGAGUCUUCCGAUGAAGAAGAUACUAUAAUGGAACAGGAAAAAAUAGAAGGAAGCACAGACCACAAGCAGGAGUUGGACGAUCUCAAGGCAGAGAAUGAAAUGUCUAUUGAUGAACUUAUGGCAAAAUAUGGUAACAUGUCAAAUGAUCCACCAAUGGAUGUAGAAGAGGAUGAUGCUCAAGAGUCUGAUAAAGAAACUGACCAAGAAAAAACUCAGGAGAACGAAGAACAAGUAACUAGUAGUGAAAGUGAAAGUGAAGAAAGCGAUGAAGCUGAGGAUUCACAAAUGCAUAGUGAUACGGAAACAGAUGUAGGCCUAAAAUCUUUAUUAGAAGAACCAUCUACUGAGAAACCGAGUGAAAAUAAGACUUCAGAAGCAGAUCACGUCGAAGAUGCUCAUAAUGAAAUGGACAAUGUAGCAGCUUUAGCAGAAAGCAUACAACCUAAAGGCAAUACUUUGCUUACUACUUGUGUUGUUACAAAAAUCCCGUUUCUUUUAAAACAUUCACUUCGGGAGUAUCAACAUAUUGGGUUGGAUUGGCUUGUAACAAUGUAUGAUAGAAAGUUGAAUGGUAUUUUAGCCGAUGAAAUGGGUUUGGGAAAAACUAUACAGACAAUAGCAUUGUUAGCACAUUUGGCUUGCGAAAAGGGUAACUGGGGUCCUCAUCUUAUAAUAGUACCAACAUCUGUAAUGCUUAAUUGGGAAAUGGAAUGUAAAAAGUGGUGUCCAGGAUUUAAAAUAUUAACGUAUUAUGGUACACAAAAAGAGAGAAAGCAAAAGAGGACAGGAUGGACCAAACCAAACGCUUUUCACAUAUGCAUUACAUCUUACAAACUUGUUAUACAAGAUCAUCAAAGUUUUAGAAGAAAAAAAUGGAAAUACCUUAUUUUAGACGAAGCUCAAAAUAUUAAAAAUUUUAAGUCACAAAGAUGGCAAUUGCUAUUAAAUUUUCAAACGCAACGGCGAUUGCUACUAACAGGAACGCCUCUUCAAAAUAAUUUAAUGGAAUUAUGGUCUUUAAUGCAUUUUUUAAUGCCAAAUGUGUUUCAAUCUCAUAGAGAAUUUAAAGAGUGGUUCAGUAAUCCUGUUACCGGAAUGAUUGAAGGAAACAGCGAGUACAACGAGAAUAUUAUUCGUCGUCUACACAAGGUACUAAGACCGUUUCUUUUAAGGAGAUUAAAAACUGAGGUGGAAAAACAAUUGCCAAAGAAAUAUGAGCAUGUCGUUAUGUGUCGAUUGUCCAAAAGACAAAGAUACUUGUAUGAUGAUUUCAUGUCUCGAGCCAAGACGAAGGAAACUUUGGCUAGUGGAAAUUUGUUAAGUGUAAUUAACGUAUUAAUGCAAUUGCGCAAAGUGUGUAAUCAUCCAAACUUAUUUGAAGUCCGACCUACAGUUUCACCGUUUCAAAUGGAAGCAAUAGAAUUUAUUACAGCUUCUCUAGUAUGGAGUAUUUUUGAUUAUGAUCCAUUUAAACAUAUUGACCUGUCUACCUUAAAUCUGUUAUUGUUAGACUUGGAAUUUACAUUAACAGCAUUUGGGGCACAUAGAAUAAAACGCUUAAAAACUCCUAGAAAACUAAUUGAAGAAAUAGAUAGUCAGCCAGAUCCACCUCCUAGAUGUCCUUCAGGAAAAAUUAAAAUUAAUGUCAGAUUAUCAAAUCAAGUUAAACCAUCGUCAACUCCACAGCCGGCUCAAACUAAAGUUAAAAGUUUAGCUGGUAUAUUACCAACUCCAAGGGUUGGCACAUCACCAUUAAUUAAAUCUUUAAAUAAUCAAAGUACUCCAGGUCAAGGUGUAACAUUGCGAGUAGCAGGUGGUCAACAAUUGCAAGGAUAUUCCGUGCAAUUGGUGCAGCAUCAAGGCAGUGUGAAAGCUAUACCUGUUGGAACAUUGGCACAUAACUCACAAAGUACAACGACUACAUCAACAACAGCAUCUACGAAUGCACAGAGAAUUACAGUUGGGAAUGCAAAUAUUCGAGAUGGACUGCAAAGGUUGGCUACACAGACAGUUACAGUCAAACAAGGUGAUUCCGUCCAGAGAAUACCAGUGCCUGGUUUUGCACAGCUGGUUCAAACCUCUACUGGUAGACAUAUCAUUUUGACUUCAAAUCAACAAAAUACUAACACAGUUUCAUUUCCGGUAAUGACACCGACUGGACAACGAUUAACAGUACUAUCUAAAUCUAUAAUGGGCCUAUCUACUUCUGCGACCACAGUAAAUAAAGUCGUUGGAGGAGUUGUUACAACUUCGAGUGGAACUAGUGGGAGACCAGUAAUGAGGGUUCCGCCCUUGAAUGUUACUGGAUCACAGGCACAGUCUACUGCUGGUAAUGGACAACCUACUCAACAAACUUUGCGCUGUGGCAUUAUUACAAGGCAUACGAUAAAGGAAUCUGAAAAGACCCAAGCAAAGGAACAGCCUAAAUCAGAAUUUCAUUUGCCACAAUUGGAAGAAGAAAGAAAGCAAAGAAGACAAGGAAAACUUCGUACAUUGGCAAACAUCAACGAAGGUCGAUGUGAAGCGUGUCCUUUAUACGGUGAAGAUUUAUUUACUGCAUUAAGAAUUGGAAAACCAUCCACAGCUUGCACUUGGCAUAAUGGUCUUGUAAAUUGCACAACUGCCAAAAUGCCUGUUCGUACACGGAAGCAAUUUUUCUCCUGUACAGAAGCGUUAGCAGAAGCAAUAAAAAGUACUGAACGAAUUGUUGAAGAACUUAAAGAAGUUUUUGAGAGAUUUGUUGUUUACGUUCCUGCUGUACGUGCACCAGUACCGCGCUUCCAUGUUUCUCAUCCACCGCCGCAUAAACUUUGGAGUCAGCGUCGCAUACAGAUAGAAUUGCAACACGAGUUGUCACAGAAAAUGCAAUUAUUCCAUCCGGUGACCAGGUCGAUGAUGACACAGUUCCCUGAACCUAGAUUAAUACAAUACGAUUGUGGUAAACUACAGUCCUUGGAUCUUCUUCUUAGAAAAUUGAAGUCUGAAAAUCAUAGAGUUCUCAUUUUUACUCAAAUGACUAGGAUGUUAGAUGUACUCGAAGCUUUUCUUAAUUUCCAUGGUCAUAUAUACUUGCGUUUAGACGGCACUACUAGAGUAGAUCAACGGCAGGUACUAAUGGAAAGAUUUAAUGGGGACAAACGAAUAUUUUGUUUUAUACUAUCUACAAGAUCCGGUGGAGUCGGUGUGAAUUUAACAGGAGCAGACACAGUCAUAUUUUAUGAUAGUGACUGGAAUCCUACAAUGGAUGCUCAGGCACAAGAUAGGUGCCAUAGAAUAGGUCAAACACGCGACGUACAUAUUUACAGAUUGGUAAGCGAAAAAACUGUAGAAGAAAAUAUUUUGAAGAAAGCUAAUCAAAAAAGAUUACUUGGAGAUCUUGCUAUCGAAGGUGGAAACUUUACAACAGCUUACUUUAAGAGUUCUACCAUUCAAGAUCUCUUUAAUAUCGAUCAAUCUGAAAAUGAUGCAUCAACCAGGAUGGCAGAAGUACUUGAACAAAAAGAUCGAGAUAAAUCCAUGAGCAAGGAUUCCUCGGGUGUACAAAUACCAAAUCUGUCACAACACGUUGAAGAUAAAGUUGCAAUGGGUGCUCUUGAAAAUGCUCUUGCAGCUGCGGAAGAAGAUCUCGAUGUUCAGGCAGCUAAAAUAGCAAAAGCUGAGGCAGUUGCUGAUUUAGCAGAAUUUGACGAGAAUAUUCCUUUAGAUGAUGUAGAAAAAGAAGACCUUCAAGUUAGCAAGGCGGAACAAGAAGUACAGAAUUUAGUGUCUCAGUUAACGCCAAUUGAACGAUACGCGAUGAAGUUCGUGGAAGAGUCUGAAGGUGCGUUUUCAGCCGCACAAUUGGCGGCCGCCGAACGUGAACUCGAAGAACAGAAGAAAGAAUGGGAAAUGGAUCGUUUGCGUGCACUUCGCGAGGAAGAGGAAAGACGUAUGCGACUGGCUGAUGAUGACGAGAAACCUCUGACCUUUGGACGUGAGGACGCGCAGAAUCAGAUAUGGUUGUCAGACGACACGAUGGAGCCAAUGCCGAUGUGGUGCCCACCAACUCCUCCAACAACAGAUAAUGAUGUCUACAUUGAUUACUCUCUCGGAUUUUUGUAUGAAAAUACACCAAUGUCAGAAGCGCAAUUACCUCCUAUCUAUAUUAAGAAAGAACAAAAACGAGUUAGAUGUGACGCAGGAAUAAAUGAACGAGAUGGACGACGUCCGAUGAAGGUGCGACAGAAAGAGGAAUCUGUAUUUGCGCCUCGUUCCUUAUUCGAUAGACCAUCAACGUCUUUGAAAAAUCGUAGAGAUAUGAAGUUCCAGAAAUAUCGUGAAAUCGUUAGACCUACUAUAUCAAUGCCUAGUGGUAUAAAACCAUCGCAUAUGACGAAAAAUUCUGUCGAACAAGACCAACACAUGUUGGAAUGGAUAAUACACGAGGAUUGGGCAUUGCUUCAAGCGAUUCAAUUUUAUCAAGGCUUACCUCUUAAUUUGCUAAUAGUGUCUCCUGGACAAACUCCAAAUUGGGAUUUGGUUGCAGAUAUUGUUACUAACACCUCGAGAAUAUACAGGUCAUCUAAACAAUGUAAAAAUCGUUACGAAACCGUGGUUGUUCCUAGAGAAGAAGGGAAACUUCUUUACGAUACAACACCAAAGAAACAAAAGAAACAAAAAGGCGUAUAUAAAAUACCUCAAGUCUCUGAGCAACAAACUAAAACGAAUAGGCCGAUGCGAACAUCUCAGUUAUAUAAUCAAGAUAAAAAUCACUCAUUCACGAUGAUGUGUUGCCAGAGAUUUGAGAUGAUCAAAUCUAUUUCUAACAAAAGAAAUUCUACCGUUAAACCUUUAUUAGUAAAUCCUUUGAUGAAGAAUCCUACGAAUGCAGCAGUUUUAGCUGAAUGUAACAUUCAAUAUGACAGUCCACUGUCACCGAUAGAAGUCGCUACACGAAGAGCUGAUAGAAUAGCAAAAGAAAAACUAAAGCAGCAGCACGCUGUUUUAACUGCGGAACAACAGCAGCAAGCGGCAGCACGUUUGUUGCAACAACAACAACAACAACAGCAGCAGCAACAAGCACAACAGCAACAACAAGCUCAACAACAGCAACAAGUUCAACAACAACAGGUACAACAGCAGCAACAGCAAAUUAAAUUGCAGCAGCAACAGCAACAAUCGCAACAAACGAUAUCGAAUAAUACACCUCCUCAGGUGCACCAAUUGGCACAAGUAGUGACGACCGUAGCAACGAAUGUUCUUACAUCUAUGAAGACUGUAACAACAAUGAACAGUGUCACGACUUGUGCCACGACGAUGGUCACUACAACAGUUAAAGCGCGACAAGGUGGUGCAUUAACUAUGCAAGACGUAAGAGCAACUCCAACUGUUGUUAGUGUAUCUAAUCUUCAAGCAGCUCAGAGAAUUGCAACGGCUGGUUUAGUAUCAGCUGCUCAGAGUUCUGCAGGUGUGACACCUAAGGGAAUAGUCGGUGUUACCGUAGCCUCGGCAUCUGGUAGCAAGACUAUUACAGCUGCCCAAUUUCAAUAUUAUCGUCAGCAGCAACUUCUUUUAAGACAGCAACAACUGAAGGUUAUCCAGGCACAAGGAGUCGCCGGGCAAAAAGUCUCAGUAGCUGCUUCUGCUGCUGCAGCACAACAAAGAGCAACAUUAAUGAAACAGGGUAUUGCUACUGCGACUGCUGCUCAAGGUGGUGUUGGAAAACAAACAGUAGCAAGGGCAGUAUCAGAGACUGAAAUGGCAGCUUUAAUAAAGAGGCAAACUUUACAGCAACAAGCUAAUAAGACCGUAGCUCAAGUUCAAGUACCUACUCAAUCUGGGCUUACACCAGCGCAAAUAUUUGCGCAAACUGGAUUACAAGUUCAGCCAGCGGGUACAUCAGCUAGCGGUGCACCGGUAGCUACUUUGGUAAAAGCUGGUGUGAGAACUGCUACACCACAGCAAAUUCGACAGUUGGCACUUCAUCCUCAAAUUAUAGCUCAGAGAAAGCUGCCAGCUCAAAAAGUAGCGCAAUUAGCUCAAGUUACUACUAAAGGUGGGGUACAAACGCAACUAAUUGUUCAACAGAAAUCUUUACCGACUGCCAUGACAAUGCAACAAAUUCAACAAGUAAUGAAGCAUGUACAGCCAUCUACUAUGCAACAAUUUACACAUGUUUCAACGGGACAAACUGUUUCGCAACCAGGUCAAGUAGUUUUAGCCAAAUCUCCUUUGCAAACUCGAGUAAUACCAGUAGCUCCAGCUUCCUUAAAGCAAACUAUUCAAGUAGUUACUGCCGGUAACCCACAGUUAAGACAAACAGCGCCAGUUCAAGGAAAACCGAUUGUUACCACAGCAAGAGGUAGUCCAGGUUCCAGUCAAGUUAGACUUCAAACUAUUGCACAUCAAGUUCACCCACAGCAAGUGCAACAGCAACAACAACAACAGCAACAGCAGCAACAAACACAAGAUACUCAACCAAAAUAAUGUGGUUGGUAAGUAUACGUUUUUACAUGUUAUAUAAGAAGUUGUAGACGUGUUCACAAUUGUUAGGCUCUACAAUUGAAAAGAACUUAAGUUCGAUUGUUUGUUCAGAAUUUACUAUAAUUCGUUAAUCAAAAACACAUUCCAUACUAAACUAUAAAUAUUUGAAUUAUAAUUUUUUGAUUUUCUUACAUAACGAUAGUUUAGUCUCAUAGAUAAUAUCUCGCGAUAAUCAUUAUGUGAAUAUUUAUUAAUAAGUAAAAAUAGUACAUAGAUUUAAUUGUAAAUUGUACAUUAAAAUUAAUCAUUUGUUUGAAUUAUUUAACGAGCAGAGAGAGUAAAGUGAAUUUCAUCAAGUUUAAGUUCUAUUUUAUUUAGAAACAUUGCGAAAGUGCAUAAGUGUGUAUAAUAUAAAAAUAUAUAUUUGCAACAUGCAAUGCAUAUAUUUUAUAUUUAUAUAUCACAUUUAUCAAGUUAAUUAUGUAGGAAAACCUCAAGAUUAUUUUGAGGAAUUAUAAUAAUAGGUUAUUAUAUACAUAAGUGCUUCCGAUUUCUAUUAUAUAAUAU